AUGCUUCGCAUUGGGUCCGGUUCGAAACCGCUAGUCCUCACCCACCGGGGCACCGGGGCCAUACCGCGCCCCGACAACUCGGCCCAGGCGGCGUUGGAAGAUCCGAUGAUGACCUUUGGCCAGGGCCUUCCCCGCCCCACGGCGGUCACGCCCACGGCUGCACCGGCGGCGGUGCCUGCCAUGGUUGGGCCCGGGCCGGUGGCAAAGGCAGCUGAGGCGGCCUAUGCUGCGGUGCGGAAGUCGCGAGCACCGGCGGUGGGUACUCCGGAGCUAUGGCAUGUCCAUGUGGGUGAUGAGAUCACGAUCGCUCGGCUCAUCCACCAACAGCUCUGCAACGGACCGCGGGAACGUGGGGGACGGGACGUUCGUUUGGGCCGGUCUGGAAGGGACGGGCCGGGGGGCGUUUCGGCGGUGGGGGCGAAAAGAAAGGUUUUGGAGGGUGAGACCCUCGAAGUGGACGUGCCAAGUCCAGACAUGGCCACUCUCAAUGAGGAGGUGGAUCAGGCCUUUGCCCAGCUCCGCGCCGAUGAGGAGAGGCUGCGGAACUGCCUGCGGAUGCUCUCAUGGCUUCAGCUGCGGAAACUCGUGUCAGAGCCGCGAGAAGCGAAUGUGGAAGAGCAUAGCGUGAAGAUCAAGUAUGGCAAGGCUGACGCCUUGAGCUCGAUGCUGAAAGCAGCAGCGGCUACACGAGAAGCAGCUCGGACGACGCUGCGGCGGCUCGUCGCAGUCAGUGGUAUUGGCAUUGGGGGUGGCCCGGGCGGUGGAGAUGCCGGCGUGGAACUGCGCACCCUGCGCAAAACUCAGCUGUUGAAUCGCUGUGCUACCCAAGGCAUUGCCAAGCGAAUGCUGGAGCGCUUUCCAGUGGGCUCUGAGGCGAGCGAGGCCAUUCCAAGCUUGGAAUCGCUUCUGAGGGAGCUGGAUCGCUUGGAGCACCAGGAGGCCAAGGCGGCCGGCAAAGGACGUACAGGUCCAGCCGUGGUGCUUGGCUCGAAGCCUCAACUUCACAGGCCCCGCGACGAUGGGGCGCCGAGAACGGCAGCGCCGUCGUGGUCGCAGCGAGGGCGGCCGAAGCCCAGCGGUGGAGGGAGCAGCAGCCGCGCCAAAGAAGGCGGCGUCUUUGCCGGGCUCUUUCGAGAGGAAGCACUCCCGUGCGCACCGUGCGCGAACGCAGCCGCCCACCCAGCGGAGAACGCGAACGCAGCGGCACGUUCGACCUCAACAGCACGGGGUCCAAGGGGUCCACCCAACAGCGCUGCUGGUCAGCCGAGGAAGGCCGCCGAGGAAGCCGCUGCCCGGCCUGUGGCCGCCGUGAAGUUGGGGGAGCGCGCACGACUGGGAGGACUACACGGCUUCCUUUCAGAGCUGAACGGUCGACCAUGCGUGCUCGAGGGAAGUGACCCGGAGACGGGGCAGGGCUAUGUGCGACUGGUGGGUGGCUUCGUUGAGACCGUGCCCCUCGAGAACGUCCUGCCCGAGUGA